AUGGGCGGCCGCCAAAUACGACCCGCACGGGUCUUCCAGUCCGUCACGGAAGAGCUCAAACACCAAAUGCUCGCCGGCCACAACACCCCCCAACCGCCAUGGUACCAAGUCAUGAACUCUGUUCCUCCCGCCGAAACACUCGUCCGCAACGUCACACCCCGCCAUCGCAUGCCGAACCCCAAAGCCAAAAAGCCCAAGAAACUAUUCCGCCCCCAACGCAUCAGCUACCCCGAGGACGCUCUCCGAACGAGCUUCUACAAAGACCACCCGUGGGAACUGGCACGGCCGCGAAUCAUCCUCGAAUUAGACGGAAAGGACUACCAGCACUACGAUUGGAGCAAGGGCCUGCGACAGCCCGGUGUUGCUCUAACAGGAGAAUGCGUCGUCCAACGCCAACUAUACCUCAUGGAGAACGAAAAGAUGAGCAAACGCAAAGCAUAUGACACCGCGCGCAAAGAAUUCUACAGACUCCGUCAGGAAGAAGCCAUUGAGAGGAGAAUCGCCGUCGAGGAAGCCAAGCACGUGGGCGCGUACUUUGGCAAGUCACGACUAGAUGUGGGCAUGCUGCUCGAGGACCAAGAAUUUGAAAACUGGAAGAUCUGGGCGGGCAAGGAGGCGGCAGACAGGGAAGCGAGAGCAAAUGCGGAUAUCGAAACGUUUGGAGAGGAGGAGGGCGAGGAGCUGGAUGUGCAGGCGGCCGAGCCUGCAACAGCGUAA